AUGAGGAUUCUGGGUCAUGUGCGGUGGCCACGUCCUGUCCUAUUGCUGCUAGCGUCGGCGGUGAUCGCAGGCUGGUACCUGUACCUCGUCCCGCGAUCACAGUGGGUAGGACUGUUACCUUCCACUGCAUCGCGGGCCGAACAGGUGCCGGUCGCGAGCCCCCGACUGCAAGCCGUGCUCGAUGGACUGCAGGCAAACCUGACUGCCGUCUACGACAAGCACAAUGCGACGGUACCCCCGGCAGUGUACCCAUCGCAAGCCCUCACCGACGCCCAGCUCGAACGAUAUCGACAUUUGCAGACGCCUUCCCUGACCCGGUCCGCCCGCAUUCAGGCCAAUGCUCUUGGUCGUACGCCGCUACCGAAAUACAUGUUCACGACCCUGACGCGCAACAUUGGCGAAUCGCUUCCAGAUCUGCUCGUCGCGCUUGCGACUGUCAUCGACUUUGUUGGGCCGGAGCACACGAGCUUUUCGAUUCUCGAAGGUCCCAGCGACGACUUGACGCCGGUCGUGCUGGAGGAAGUGCUGCGUCCGCUCUUGCGGCACCUGAAUGUGCCAGACUCGGCCGUUAGCAUUGUCACGAAUGCACCAAAGGUGCAGUGGAACGAGGUCAACCGCAUUGAAGAGCUCGCAAAGCUCAGGAACCAGGCGCUGGAGCCGCUGUGGGCAGACAGCUCGAAGCAGUACCUCGCAAGCACGCCCGAGCACAAGCGGCGCACAGUCGGCACCGAUGUCGCGGCUGUCGUCUUCUUCAACGACGUCUUCAUCCAGGCGAGCGACUUUUUGGAGCUGCUGCACCAGCACUUUGUGAAUGGCCAGGGAAACCCAGGGGUCGGUAUCACGACCGCCUGGGACUGGAUGGCGCGCGAGCCGGCACACUUUUACGACAUUGACUCGGGCGACCUGUUCUACCCCAUCCGCGGCGAGUGGUGGACCCCGUCGGAAGAGAUCCUCGACAGCUCUCCCAAGUCCCGGGCCGCCUUUGAGACUCUCACGCCCUUCCAGGCGUUUAGCAGUUGGAAUGCGAUGGCCGUAUUGUCGCCAACACCAUUCUUGCCGCCUUUCGGUGUGCGCUUCCGCCGCUCACGGACAGACGUGGACGAGUGUGCCGCGAGCGAGUGCACGCUGAUCGCGUCCGACUUUUGGAAGUACGGGUGGGGGCGUGUUGAGGUCGUCCCGGCAGUCCAAUUGGCCUACUCGCACAAGGUUGCGGUAGACACCGCACUCGCACUGAAGCGGCGAAAGGCGAUCCUGGGCUGGCAUGAUGGCGUACCACCCUCAAAUUACGAUGGCCGCAUCAAGUGGAUCAAAGAGGCGCCACCCAAGAUCCGCUGCCAUCCCUGGCCCGAGCAGAACGGCUUGGAAGCGAACGUAUGGAAGACGACCAGGUGGGUCGCACCCUACCUGUUGUAA